CCUGGGCUUGAUUUCGUCGUGAUCGCGUCAGUCGUAUCAACGUGCCGGCGCAGGAUUUUGUCGCUGUGCUCCACCCCGAAUCCCACGAGCUUUUUUCCCUCCAGAUGCUCAACUGGUGGCCCUGCGUUUCCACAUGAUUGUCUGCAUAUCUCCAUCGGCCUGGCUAGCCUGUUGACUGUGAUUUCUCCUGCUGGCAGCAGAUCCACCAUCGAUUCGUCACCAAGCUACUCUCAUGUUUUGGACAUGUCUCUUCCGUGGUUUGCUCUUCACGAUCGCCUAUUCAGCCGUUCACGUUGGCAUCGUCAAGGUCGCGGUCGCUGCCAAUCUUGAGUGGUUUGUGCCUCUGGCGACUUAUCGUUCGCUUUCGCAUCGCAAUCAAAUUUUUACCGCAGAGAAGGUUUGCUCGUCCAUCCACGCACUUGCUACUGGCUCGCUGGCGGGUUACUUGGUCCUCUCUGGCGCCUUCCGGAAUGCGAAUAUCUUCACCACGUAUCCGCCCCUGCUCGAUUGGAUCUAUCCGCACUUGGCCGGAUAUACGUUGUACGACAUGGGAACCAUGUAUCUGCAACAAGCUUCCCAUUGGACUAUGUGGCUUCAUCAUUAUAUGACCUUUUACUGUUGUCUUCUGAUGCCACACUAUCGAGCUUGUGCCAUCAUAUCCACCUACUACAUGGUAUCGGAGCUGACGGCAAUCUUCCAGAACUGCCUAUGGUUCUAUCAGUUCGUCUGGAAUCCCGCCGUGGCUCCGCUGGCUGAUGAAACCAGCUCAGCAGCGUCACUCGAUUCAUCCCGCAUCUCGACGGAAGCCGAGUCGUCGGGGCAGUAUCAUUUGCGAAUUUCAAUGUCGUCCCAGUCCGCAGAAGCACCGUUGAUCAAUUCCGGGUCGCACCUCUCUCAAGCAACUGCAGGGCAGGCAGAAUCCACAGCAAAGACGUCGACCUACUCCCUUCUCCUACUACUACGGGCUCUUAGCUUUCUGCUAUUUCGGGCCUGGAUUUUCCCGUACCUCUUCUUUCUUCUGCCACAACUUGGCAACGGAUUCUAUGCCAUUGUUUCUGAGUUGAUGACGCAGCCUCUGGCCGUGUCGGUUCCUGGCUUUCUCAUGUUCUGGCUUCUGGGUCUCUUGAACACGGCCUGGACAAUCAUGACCUUCAAGGUAUGGCUGAGGCACCGACAAGUUCCUGACUCAUCUGGCUGUGGCGAGCCAGCCGCACGAUCCAAGUCGGGUGCUUCCCAGCCUCUGGUUCGGGCCAAGCCUCAGGAGUCUGCGACCUUCCAAAAGGAAGAAUAGCACCAAGGCCCGAAAGCCUCGACGUUCCGCUCCGACCACCCGGGCCAGGAUCCCAUUGGUUG